AUGCCAACAUUAGUUAAACAAAAUGAUAAUAAAAUUUUUAAUUAUCAAUAUGCUAUUGUAUCAAUAAUUGUCCAACCAGAAUUGUAUCAUUAUAAUUUUUCUGUUAAUACCGCUAAAUGUUAUGCUGAUUAUCAUAAUUAUACCUAUGCUAUAAUUGCAAUGAAUUCUGACUCAAAUGCUAAUAAUUCUGAAUUAUAUAAUGAUGAAAUAGCUAAAAAAUGUCUACAUACUGAUAUAAUGUUUCGAAGGCAUUGUUUUUUUUAUGAAUAUUUAGAAAAAAAUAAGGAUACAAUAAAAUAUGCAAUGUUUUUGGAUGCAGAUACAUUUAUUGUUAAUCCUUACAAAAAAUUAGAUGAAUAUAUGCCUCAAGGAAGUGAAGAAAUAAUAUUUUAUGAAAGAUUAAUGAAUCAUGAAAUUGCUUGUGGUAGUUUUUUAGUUAAAAAUACAAAAUAUGGAAGAGAAUUUUUUAAAAAAUUUGCUGAUUUUCAAUAUAAAAUGCCAAAAAGUAUGCAUGGUAGUGAUAAUGCUGGUAUUCAUGCUUUAUUAUUAGAGGAGUAUGCUGAUAAAAAUAAUAUUAUGAAAGAUGAAAAAGAAUUUUGUUAUAAUAUUUGGAGAAGAAGUGUUAAUUUUGAUGAUGUUUUUGAAUUUGAGGCAUGUAUAAGAUAUGUAUUGGCAAAUUUUUCAGAAAGUCAUUAUAAUGAUGAUGUAUUUUCAUUUGAUAGGAAAAGGAUUAAAAUUGUUAAAAAAAAUUCAAAAAGAAGAUGGAUUAGAGAUGGAAUAUUUAGUGGUGCAAGUUAUUGUAAGAAUGACUUUCUUUUUCAUGGUUUUAAAGGAAAUUCUAUGGUUAAUAAAACUGUUACUAUAGAAGAUAUAAAAUAUAAUGAAAUGGAUUGCAAAACAAUGCCAAUACCAUAUUUAUGGAUUGUUAAAGAAAAUAAAAUGGUUAGAUGUAGCACAAUAAAAGAAACAAUAAAAGGAAUGAUUGAUUCAUCUAGGCAGGGAUUUUGGAAUUUUUUUAAACGCUCAAAAUAUGGUUCAAAGUUUUAUGUAAACAAAAAACUAUAUAUAAUUUAG